AUGAAGCCUUCUGGAGGUGGGCGGUGGGGCCCCUCGCUGAUUCCUUGCACGGCAGGAGGCAAAAUACCGGGGGAGAGCGACUUCACCCACUGUCCAUUUCAGCAAAGCUUCGUGCGCUGUGGACCACACCACCGAGCAGAGCUGUGUGUGCUCGACAAAGACGACAUCCGUCGCUUGCAUGGCGUCUGGGAGAAGUACAGGGACGAUCUGACUUGGCCUGUGCAUGACAAAAAACCGAAGUUCUCUCAAGAGGACUUUGAGACAUUCUACGGCAUUGCGCAGCAAGUUGUGGAUGCCAUGGUGGAGGAAUACAAGGUGCCGAUGAUUCUGGAUCAAGCGACCAUAAGCAACACCAACCACAUCGGGCACCCUCCACAUUGCGACAAUGUGGGCUUUGACUCUGUCUGGUGGAAUGGUAGACGCAUACGGGGAGAAGAUGAGCUUCCAGCUGCGCGAGGCGGCGCCUACGUUCUUUGGAGGCCUGAGAAGACGUCAUACAGGAGUUACAGCUGUUCUGUGGCGUUAUCUGAUCCAAAUGGCUACGAAGGAGGCGAACUUCAGUUCUUCGAUACCUGGGGUGCAAGGCAGCCGGUCGCCACCUACAAGUGCGCUGAGGGCUGUGGUGUCGCCUUCUGCGGCUGCCAGAGGAACAUCCAUGCAGUGACUGGUGUCAAGCAUGGCUUUCGCUUGGUCCUACUCAUUUGGACGCGACCUCCCGGCGUGCCCGUGCAAGAGGCUCAGGCCCACAUCUGCUACUUCCGGCCUGGCACCGGCCACGGCUGCUGGCUCCAUAGCCUGGAUAUCCAACGUGGGCUAGCGCAGCGCGCCGGUCGUCAAGAGGCCUGGCUCCCUUCAGAGGUCGACGAUGGCUGCCUCUGCGACGAUUGCGCGGAGGAGAGGGCAAAGGUGUCCUGGAAGGAUUGCCUCCAGCAAGUCACCGAAGCAUCAGCCGAGAAGUCGGACAAGGCCACUCCGAGCACCAGUGCAGGCAGCAGCCCGCGCAGCCCAGUCACGCCGGACUCGGGAAGAGAGACAGAAGAUGCCACUGCGGUCUCGGAUUUCAGCCGGCACUGCCCAUACCAGCAGCCUCACAGAUGGUGCAACGUCCAUGAGCGCCGAGAGCUCACGGACGUCGUCGACCAAGAUGACAUCAGGACCCUCCAGCGAAUUUGGGAGAGGCACCAGGACGACCUGACGCGGCCCUUCUACAGAAAGAAGCCGACGUAUUCGUCAGAGGAGUUUGAUGACUUCAGCCGCAUCGCGCAGAAGGUGGUGAAUGCCAUGUCCGAAGAAUUCGGACAGGCCCUGGUCCUGGACCAAGCGUCGGUGAGCAGCACCAACCGGCGAGGCCAUCCACCUCAGGCGGACAACGUGCAGUUUGACUCGGUCUGGUGGCAAGGCCGGCAGCUCAAGCAGAGCGACGAGGUGGAGGCCGUCCGUGGCGGCGCCCCGGUGCUGUGGAAAGCGUCCAAGACGGGCUACAGGAACUACAGCGCCUCCAUCUCCCUGACAAACCCCGAGGACUACGGCGGUGGAAGCCUCGAGUUCUUUGGCUCUUGGGGUGCUACAGCGCCUGAGGCUUGCAUGCGGCCACCUGCAGGAAGCGGCGUAGCCUUUUGCGGGUGCCAGAACAACAUCCACGCGAUUUCUGGCGUGACCUGGGGUUGCAGGCUCGUCCUGGUGGUGUGGACACGUCAUCCGGAUGCAUAUGUUCCAGAAGAGCAGACACAUCUUUGCUAUUUUAGGCCGGGCACUGGCCUAAGUGUAUGGUUGACUUCGGCGGAUCUGCAGAACUACCCGAAGCGCAGGCGAAAAAAUGUUGGCUAUGGUCCACAUCGGCCGCAUGGGGACGAAGAGGUGUUUGAGCUGAAUGCGAGGACACCGAGUGCCGAAUGCAAAGAGUCUGCAGAGAACUCCUCGUCCCUGGAUUGGUCGCUGGUUAACUGA